AUAAUUUGUUAUUGUUGUGUAGACUGAACACGAAAAGGGGUGACUUGGCACCCUAUUUUUCCACGUUUCAGUCUCAAAUAGAGGCCAAUGAGGUAUUCAUACAAUAAUGUAGGUGUUUGUGGGGGGUAAGCUGUAUUAUUUAUACACAAUAUGAUUACAUCGAUUGACUAGUCGGUGUCUUACUCCGAGCACUGGUCUCGGAGCAGUCGACACCAAGCAGAAGCCAGGGUUCAGUUUAGACCUGUGCUUGGGUGUCAUUUCCCUGAGAAGUCCUGUCAUCAUGGAUCUCAUUUUUGACUGGGACAAUGAGGGAGAUAGGUAUUCUUUCGAAGACAGUGACCGAUUUGAGGAAGAUUCAUUGUGUUCGUGGAUAAGCGAGCCAGAAAGUCUUUGUAACAAUUGGAGAGGAUGGAAAAGACAAAAUGGAGGUCAAGCUUCGACAAUUGUUAAAAACCAGGAAUCUGAUGGACCAGUUAAGUCGCUGGUGGAGUUGGGGGCUAUGGCCGUGGCAUGCAAUAUACCGUUUGAGGAGGUGGAGAUGUUUCCCCAGCCUAUCCCAGAACAGCUUCAACUCAGGAUAGCCUUUUGGAGUUUCCCAGAGAAUGAAGAGGAUAUACGGCUGUACUCUUGUCUAGCUAAUGGAAGUGCAGAUGAGUUCCAGAAAGGAGAACACCUUUACAAAUUCAAGGCAGUCAAAGAGGCUUUACAGAUCGGUUUCCAUCUCAGUGCAACUGUUAUUCCACCACAGGGUAUAGCACAGGCUAAGGGUAACUUCAAUGUUGCUGUUGUGUUUGACAGACGUCGCAUAUCAUCCUGCACCUGUACUUGUAACAGCAUGGCAUCCUGGUGUUCCCACGUAGUGGCACUCUGUCUUUAUAGAAUUCAUCAGUGCAAUGCUGUUUGUCUUAGGGCCCCUGUAUCAGAAUCUUUGUCCAGACUGCACAGAGACCAGUUGCAGAAAUUUGCUCAAUAUCUCAUCAGUGAAUUGCCACAACAGAUUUUACCAACUGCCCAGAGACUACUGGAUGAGCUGUUGUCGUCUCAGGAAACUGCUAUCAACACUGUCUGUGGUGCUCCAGAUCCUACUGCAGGACCAUCUGCCAAUGAACAGACUUCUUGGUGUCUGGAUGAGAACACUCUACAUGAAAAUAUCAAGAAAACACUUGUUAAGUUCUGUGUCCCAUCUCCUAUAGUUUUCAGUGAUGUGAACUACCUGUCAGCCACUGCUCCACCUGCAGCAGCUGAGUGGCAGAGUUUACUGAGACCACUGAGGGGAAGAGAACCAGAGGGCAUGUGGAAUUUGCUCUCUAUUGUCCGAGAAAUGUUCAGAAGGAAUGAUAGUAAUGCCAUUCCUCUGCUGGAAAUAAUCACUGAUGAAGUUCUACAAUGUGAACAGAUUCUGAUCUGGUGGUUCACCACCAAGACAACAACCAACAAUAACAACAUGUGUCGGGGAAAUGGAAGUGGAGGAGCCAAUAUAACACAACACGCUGCAGCAAGCUUGUGUGAGGAAAUAGUGACACUUUGGAGACUAGCCGCCCUCAAUCCCAAACUAUCUCCUGUACAACGGAAUGAUCUCAGUGUUAAGUUCAAGGAGUGGCAUCUGUCUACUGUGGAGAAAGUGAGGAAGGCUAGAGGUGUCAGUAUAAAUAACACAGGCAACGGUCUCAAGAAAAACGAAAUCGAAAACUUUGUUGGAUUCAAGCCUGGUAUAGAGGCAUGCAAUCUAGCAUGGGAUGACUAUCCAAUUCCAGGUGUUACCUACUCAGAAAAGGAUGGUUCCUGUUUCAAAUACAGGUUCAACAAGACUCAUGACAGUGAUAAGAAACCAUCUAGGAUUCAGCCAGUCACAGUAUGUUCAGAAAGUAUUAUUAGCACAGACAAUACAACUACACUUGCUCAAGCACAAAACAUGUUACAGGAGCAACAUCAAAAUGCUCAGGACUUAGCAAACUACAACAGUAGACGACAUGGUCAUUCUAGUCCCAGAGGUUCCAACACAAACGAUGGUGCCAUAAGUUCAGGUUCAGAAGGUUUCUGUGAGCCUGAAAGAAGUAGUUCUAUAUAUAGAGAUUCUGACUCUGGGUCAGAAAUGAAAGAAGUGAAUUCCAGAAGUAAUUCUAUUGACGAUCAAGAGGGUUUUUCCAGUCAUGCUUCCCUCGCAAAUGGUUUUGGCAUUGGAAAUAGACCAGAAGGUGCCUCUAAUUUUUCCGUAUUUUCUACAGACAAGUCUGGAGAUGUGUUCCAUGCUUGUGACAAUGCUCAGGACAAUGCUGCAGCAUUUGUUAUGGCUGCCUCAGAUGCCCAAGCUUCUGGAUCUGUGAGGGCUGAACACUCUUCAGAGUCUCAGCAGUCGGGGGAUGAAUAUCAAGUGUACUUUUGUGCGAAAAACAAAACAGCUGAUGCUGACAAACAAAAGAAAGAAAAAACAGAUGAGCCUAACUUCUUCGCUGGGGUGAAGAAUAUGGAUCAAAUGCAAGAUAUCCUGUUUGCAAGAGCAGAAGCCCUACAUGCCCAUGGUCACACAAAGGAAGCUUGUCGUUUGGCCCAGAGACUUGCUGAGGAAAUGCUGGCAAAUCCCUGUGAUCUCCUUGCAGAAACAGCCAAUCUCCCAAGCGUUAAAGGUAAGAAGAAAAAGGCCCUGACCAACAUCAGUCUGAUGGCCAGUUCAACUCUGUCCAAGGCUGCCUUCCUGUCAAGUGUGCUGGCCGAGGAGCAUGAAUGUUUCCACCUAGCCUUCAAAGUGGGGAUGUUUGGGCUGGAACUCCCUAGGCCACCAGCCUCCUGUAAAGCACUAGAGGUUAAAUUAGCAUAUCAAGAAACAGAGUUGUUGAACCUGUUGAAGAAGAUAGCCCUUGGUCCAGCAGAAGUGAACGUUCUGAGAGACAAAGCAGAACAGCUGAGAGACAGAACCAUCAAGUCCCGAGGAGAUGCCCUCUUGCCUCUUACUUUGGCCAGCUUCAUAUUUGAUUCCCUCUGUCUGCCUUUAUUCCCUGUGGGUAGCACCAACAGCAGGCCUCCCAGUAGGUCAGUACAGAACGGUAUAGCCAGGUCACCUGGAGAUGAGAAACUUGGGUUUGAAGGAGCAGUCGCAGCACUGGGUAUGAAAGCCAAUGUCUCUGAGGCAGAUCACCCACUUCUGUGUGAGAGUACCAGAAGGCAAAGAGGUGAACUAGCCAUCACAAUGUUAGUCCACUACAAGGAUGACCAAGUCAAGCUUAGCAAGAUCAUGGAUAAACUGCUGGAUAAGGAAGUUCAUCAGUUGUACAAGGCUCCAAGUCUGGUGAACUACUUGGGCAGUAAGUCUCCAUCUGGUCAAGCAGCUACAUCCAUCCAAGCAGUGAAUACCACCCCCUCCAGCAGCCAGUCUGUACCCCAGGCCUCCACAUCACAGGCUGCUGGUUCUUCUGUCAGUCACGUACCCGAGGGAAGCAGUCACGCAGCUGCAGCAAGGACAGUUUCCAGCACCAUUGUGACCCCUGCAGCAGGUGCUAGACCAAAACUCACAUACCCUCUGAGGUAUAAUAGUGGAAAGGAUACAGACAGCUCUGCAGUAGAGGAAGAAGAAGAACUCAAAGCUCUGGAAGCCAAAUUGCGAUGUAUGAGCAUGAAGAAAAAACCUUCACAGGGUAUGGCCAGUAUUGACAGCAGUGCACCAGAGACAACAUCAAGUGACAACUCCCCUACUAUGGUAAGGCGUACGUGGAAACACCAAGGGCCAGGCAGUGACUGUGGUAGUUCAGGAGACAGCAGUGAUUCUAUUGGUUCCAGUAGCUCGGGGGACAAGGAUGCCAGAAACAAACUUAGAGAAAAUGAAAGUCCUCCCAGUCCUUUGGGUGCCAGAUUCAUUCCAUCCCAAUUGAUGGAAUCUCGAAUACUUACUCCAGGCAUGUCCAAUGUAAAAAAUCCAAGGUACAAAGGAAAGACUCGUAUCAUGCCAACAGUACCCAACCAGCCAAGUGAAGCCUCAGCCCACUUUAUGUUUGAGCUAUCAAAGACUGUGUUGACCAAAGCUGGUGGCACCAGUUCCACUUCCUUGUUUACACAGCCCAGCAGUACCAACACCCACACAGGCCCUCACAGAAACCUCCAUCUCUGUGCCUUCCAGAUUGGCCUGUAUGCCUUGGGGCUCAACAACUGUGUUUCUCCUAACUGGCUGUCUCGAACCUACUCUUCCCAUGUGUCCUGGAUUACAGGACAAGCUAUGGAGAUAGGAAGUGCAGCUAUCAACAUGCUGAUAGAUACAUGGGAAGGUCAUCUCACACCAGCUGAAGUGGCAUCUUUGGCUGAUAGAGCUUCCAGAGGUCGUGACCCUAACAUGAUCCGGGCUGCCGCAGAACUUGCACUGUCCUGUCUGCCCAAUGCACAGGCUCUAAACCCUUCUGAGGUGCAAAGGGCCCUGUUUCAGUGUAAGGAGCAGAGCCGGGAGAUGUUGCAGAGGGCAUGUCUGGCUGUGGAAAGUGCAGCCAAGGGAGGGGGUGUGUACCCUGAAGUUCUGUUUGAUGUUGCCAGGCAGUGGUUUGAGCUGUCUGAGGAGGCUGCAAAGUCUAGUCAUAAUCAUCAAUCUGUAGAAACAACACACCAUAGUCAUACGACAACAGAAUCCAAUGACUCGUUUGUGCCAGCGGCAGUGGUGACUGCUGCCAGUGUGACUGGAGCUCCACUUCCCACUGACAGGAGGAGUCCAUCCUCACUCUCAGUCAUUCCAUUCAGUUCUACUCCUCCACAUUCAUGUAAUCAAGUCACUUUGACAAACACCCCACAGAUGAUGCCUCGUGCUGUCAAUAGUCAGAUUCCUACUCAGCCUGUUGUGCUAUCGUAUGCCAUUCCUCAAGCUAACCCUCAUCAUCCUCAGCUACCUCAUCACCACCAGGCAUACGUUCAACAUUAUGGAUAUGUUCAGCAGAUACAGCCAUUUGGACAUCAGUACACAACACAUCAGCCGAUCCCGAUGCAGAAUCAUAACCUACAUCACUUUGUUCCUGCAUUUACAUAUCAAAAUCAGCCUCACUUCAACAACAUGCAAGGAAUACCAACUCCUGCCAAUAUCUAUCCUGCCAAUGCAGCUCCACCAUUCCGGGCCCUGACUCCUGCUGUACAAGUGUUUCCUAGUCAUGCACAGUGUCAUCCUCCAACUGUUCAGCAGAUUCCCACUUCAUCAGCAGGAUCUGUGCAGCCUUCACAUCCAAUUGAAGUGGUGUCUGAUGGUUCCUCUCAAUCUCCUAGUCCGCCCCAGUCUGCUGCCAUCCAGGGACAACAUAAUGGUCAACAGACAACCACCAAUCAGGUCCAGUUAAACUACCUGAUGGCUGCCUUCCGUGUCGGCAUGUUAGCUCUUGAAACAUUAGCAAGACGUGUGCAUGAUGAUCGACCACAGGCGAAGUAUGCCCGCAACCCACCAUAUGGAGAGGAUGUCAAAUGGCUCCUAAACAUUGCUAUCAAACUAGGUACAAGUUAUCUCCAACAGUUUUGUGCCAGUGCAGUCAAUGCAGUAGUCAGUCCUUUUGUUUUGUAUGACAUCUACGUUGAAGGUGCUCACAUUUUGGCCAGGAACAAUCCGUCUAUUCCGCAAGGUCAUCUAAGGUCAAAUAAUAUACUCAAUCCCCUGGUCCAAAAAUGUCUUCAAAUGUUCAUCCAGUGUGCUCACCAGCGUAUACACCAUAUCAACCCUUCUGAGUAUGAUGACUUCAUCAAUACCAUCUGCAGUGCCAGAAAUGCCUUUUGUCUCACGCCAGGGGGAAUGGUCCAAUUUCAAGAGUUUUUACAAAGCCUACGCAGGACCAAGUCAUGUCGAAAGGAUCUCUGGGCUAGGAUAGUCAAUGGGCUGGCUACUGGCAACGUUUGAUGUCAAUUUUAUAUAGACCACUGACAAUUACAAUAUCAAGAUAUCUAUUUCUCUAUGAAAAAUAAAGCAAAUUACUGUUGUGUAAGAAGAUGUUUAUAUUUUUGUCGAAGAAGAAUUCAAGACUUCCUUCAAUGUAGGAUUUUACAAGAAUUUAUCAGAAAACGAUGUUAUAUUUUAAUGAAACUUGAGUUAUUACACACAAUACAGAAGAGUUUAGCCUAUUUGUUUGACUAUUUUCAUUGUGUUGGUAUUCUAUCUCACAUCAGUGUCAAAGUAAUUCAUAGUCUAUUCAGGUAUCUUACUCGCAACAUUAUAUAUAUAUUUAAUAUUAUGUUGAUUAUAUGUUAAACUUGGUUAUAUACACAUUUAGUUUUUACUUGUGUAUUGUGGUUGAUGAUGUUGAAUUUAUACACUGUUCAUUGAUGUGUAUCAUUUUGUUUGUUACUAUUAUAAGAAUAUUGGUAUGUUUUACUGUUUAUUGAUGCUGUCUUUGUACACGAGGAAUACAGUUACUAUAUCAGUAGUCCACUGAUGCCAAAUCCAGAGUUGAUUCAACUGUGUUAAAUGUUGGGUUAGAAGUAUAAAAUGACGAUAGUUGAGUUUGUUAGUAUGAAUCUUGUGUGGAAUCCAAGGUAAAUUUGCAGGUGUUUUUUAGUGUAUAUCUGUGCACAAUAGGAGUUGUUUUGAGUAAACUAUAUUCAUAUUUCAAAAAGUGGAAACUGUUGCUGAUGCAAAGUUUGUUGGAACUUACCUUACUUAUCAGCAUUGGAUCAAUAUUUAAUGUUUAGAUAAUGCCACAUCUCCCAAGACAGAUAAUGAGGAUAGCAGAACUGUAUUGAUCACAUAAAAAAAAGGUUUUUAAAAUUGUUUGAUUUUCACAAGUACUCUUUUUUUUGUUGUUGGCUGAAAGCAGACUUUGGAAGAUUUGUUAUUGGACAUCAUAAUAAAAAAUAUCUUUGACAACAGAUAUUUAUAAGUACAUGUACAGUACUGUAUAAACGCUUUCACCUUAUAAGCUGUACCAUGUUGCAUAGAUGGAGGAAAAAGACAAAAAACACAUCUAAUUUAAUCAUUCUUUCAACUUCUCUUUAAACACCCCAUAUCAAAUUCAUAUUGAAAUUGCACAACAUAAUAUUGAAGGGUUUGAUGUGAUUUAUUGCACUUAUUGAGUUACCUGGCAUUGCAAAUUAUGUUUCUAGAUUAUCGGUACAUAAACUGAACAUUUUAUAAGUAUUACAGUCAAAUAUGGAUGACAGUAAAAUAAAGUGUUGGUAAAAUGUUCAUUUGUGUAGUUCCUUAAUACCAUUAUUGUGAAAAAAAUUGUUUGUCAAAAAAAUCAUUUGAUACUGGUGUUAAUAAGAGAAAUUUAAUUUUUAAAGCAUAACUAAUAUUGUUUUCUGCUUAAAUAUGCAAGGGCAUAUUCAAAAAGCUAAUGCUACAUUUGUAAAUUUAGAAAAGUUAUAAAAAGAAAAAAGAUUUAAAAAAAAAAGUUUUACAAAAGCUAAUUACAAUAGUUUGUUUGUUUACUGUAUUAUUUAACGACAAGUUUAUGCUGAAUUUAUCAACAAUUAUAGUUUAUAUCAUUGAAAAAUAAAAAAGUUGAAAAUAAGACAUUUUAUUUAAAUGAAAAAGCCAGGUUUCUACAGCCAAUUUCAUGUGACUUUGAAAGCAAUGUUCAGUUUAAUUCUGGUAAAUAAUUUCUACAGCCUAUUCCGUAGGACUGUUUUAAAUAGUGGUCAGUUUCAUUUACUAAGUUGCUGUAAAUAUAUAGAAAAACUCUUUCAUUUUGACUGUUGAAAGUAGCAUUCACUUUAAUUUUGCUUGUAUGUAUAAGUUUUAAAUCACAUUGCUCAGACAGCUCAAAGACCAGUCCUUCUGUUGAUUUAGUGUAUGACGGUAAUGUGAAAGAUUAGCAUCAUAAACAGUAAAAUACUUGGUUGGAUUCUGUAUUGCAUGCCUUUGUAAAUAUUUUCUGUAGUAUUGUUUUAUAAUUAGAAUAUAUUUAUAUUUAUUCAUUCAUUUGUGAUUUAUUUAAUUAACUUUGUUUUUCUUGUUGUAUUUCUUUCUACAAUGAUAAAAUGUCCAUUUCUGCCAAUUUGAUUUUUUUCUAUGAUUUAAAAAAACAACUUUUCUUUACAUAUUAAAUUCAAUUGUCAGUCUUUUAUGAUUUUAUUUAAAGAAGUCUUCAUAUAUGGGGUAUUUAUUGUGAUGAAAUGAUCAUCGUUUAAUUAAUUAUUCAAUGAAAUACACCCCAAAGUAUUAAAAUAGCUUAUAGUAGUAGUAAGCAUUACAAUCAUUAGAACACAUCCAAUGAUAAAGCCCCUGGCCUUACAGAAGACGUGUUAUCAUCAGAUUAACAGGAUAGAAUUCUUCUGUCACAUAUCAAGUGUUCUACUCAUAGGCAAAUGAUUCUUGCGGAUCGUACAGAGUGACUGUGAGAAUUUGUUAAUUUUACUGGUGCCAUGGUGGAUAAAUUUUAUAAAAUGUUAACAUUUUUUAUAUUUUAUAGACUAGAAUUGAACUCGGUCAUUGCUGUAAAAACUGUCUCCCAAAAUGUAUGUCUGUUUUGGUGAUGACAAGGAACAGAAAUCAUGUAUGUUGGAAUGAGUAUUGACCUCAACAGGGACAAAUAUGGAUUACUUAACAUCAGAAUAUCACUGAAGACAUUUUAGUGUAAUGCACGUGUAUAUGACCACAUAAACCAAGCAUUUUCAGCAGUACAUGCAUCUAUUUAUAUUUGUAUAUUUUUUUCAAUGUUGAUUAUUAUUCCAAAAGAAAUAAAAAAUAAAAAAAAUAGCUUCUCACCUUCAAACUGUUGAUCAUGAACUAUAUGAUAAUGUUAUCCUGUAUUUAAAAUAUGAUGUAGAAAUGGUUAUGUUUAUGUAAAUUUUUAAUAUUGACAAAAAAUAUAAUACUCCCAGCAUGAAAUAUGUAAUAUAACUUACAUAUACAUGCAGAUUGCAUUAUUGAAAUUGUUGUUCUAGAAAAUAUCUAAAUACUUUUGUACUGCAUACAUCUGAACACCUAGGGUAACAUAUUGUGAGUUUAUCAACAAAAAACACAAAAUUUUGGCUUCCAGACAAAACUGCUUAGUAUUUCCAAUUCUGACCUUGCUGAUUUGGAUGUAUUAACCAUUAUAGUGUUUGAUUUUUUUUUUAACUUUUUGUUUAAUCCAUUAAAAAUAGAUUGUAUGUGUAUGUGUUUAACUUCAUAGUCCCAUCUAUGUGUGCUUGAAGCAUAUUUGGUAAUGUUGAAUGUUUUUUUUCCCUUUGGGUGAAUAUAUAAGAUAGAUGUGCAUUGUUUACAUUGAAUUAAUUCUAGACAGAAAAAAAGUAGUAUUUGUUAACACUGAACAAAGUGUAGACAGUGAACAACUGUACUGGUUAACACUGAACUUGGUGUUGACAGUAAACAACUGUACUGAUAAUAUUGUACUGGUUAACACUAAACUAAGUAUAGACAGUAAACAACUGUACUGGUUAUCACUGAACUUAGUGUAGAAAGUAAAAAACUGUACUGGUUAACACUGAACUAAGUAUAGACAGUAAACAACUGUACUGGUUAACACUGAACUUAGUGUAGACAGUUAACAACUGUACUGGUUAACACUGAACUUAGUGUAGACAGUAAACAACUGUACUGGUUAACACUGAACUAAGUAUAGACAGUAAACAACUUUACUGUUUAACACUGAACUUAGUGUAGACAGUAAACAACUGUACUGGUUAACACUGAACUUAGUGUAGACAGUAAACAACUGUACUGGUUAACACUGAACGAAGUAUAGACAGUAAACAACUGUACUGGUUAACACUGAACUUAGUAUAGACAGUAAACAACUGUACUGAUAAACAAUUGUACUGGUUUACAUUGAAGUCAGUCUACACAGUUAGCAGUACUUGUUAACUUUUAAUUUAGUUAAGAGAGCUGGAAAUAUACUUAAGAUACAGUGGUGACUUUGAAGAAGCGAACUGCCUCCGCUGACUAAAAAGUGAGGAUGCUAGUAUUCCCUCAGAAUGUUCUUACAUGGUACAUAUAGCAGGUUUUCAACUGACCAAUUAGAUACAUUUUAGACAUAAAAAAAUAUAUUCUGAUAGUAAUUUCAAACGGAACAUGCAAUAUUAGUUUGCGAUUGGUUGAAAAUGGAAACAUGUUUGCAUACUGGAAAUGUCAAUACCAUUUGAUAGUUUUAUUUCGUUAAUUAUUGCUUGUGCCUUCAUAUCUUGAUACAUUACUAACACUUCAUUUGUCAUCACAACUGUAUUUUCUUCAGAAAAUCUAGAUAAAUUUGCUUUUUGUGCUCAUUUUUUAUACUUUGCUCAUAUUCUCACAGAAAUUGUGACGAACAGCUGCCAGUUCUAAGUAGUUAAUCGACAACACAUAUUAUCAAACUCCAACAUUAUAAGUUUUAUGUUUGUUGUAUUUCCUAGUCACCCUGGUAAGCAAUGAUCUCUUGUUCGCUAAUUAUGGUAAAUACCAGAGGCAAUUCAUUCAUUUCAAUUUAGUGAUCAGUUAUAUUGUAUAUUACAUAUGAUCAAAAUUUGCAUAUAUAGCUUUUAGUAUUAAUAUAAAAUUUCAAAUUGAUUGCUUAAUUUGUGUUAAAACAUGUCAAAUUUGAUUUUGAUCUCAUUUAUCUAUAUAAGCAAUGAAAAGGUAAAAAAAAAAGACUAUGAAAAGAUUGUUUUCGAUUUAGAAUAAAAUGCUCUUGUGAUUAAUUCAACAACAGUCUGUUUUACACAUUUAGUGGGAUUGAGAAAUUACCUGGAAUGAGUGAUUUCAGAAUUGUUUUAGUAUGUUGUAGCUGAAGAUGAUGAAGAAUCUAAGUUUACAUUUUAGGGGUACAUUUUGAUUAGAGGGGAAAUCUUCCUUUGGGAAAACACUUUAUUUUUGUUGACAAUCCUGUUUGUGGUUUUUGCAUCUGACCUUAAGAAUAUUCAAUCAUCAAGUAAAAACUCUGAAAUUGUCAUUUUUUUUUCUUUCAUUUUAAUGUCAAUGUGUUCAGGGGAAGUCACAAUCAAUUUUUUGAUACAUAACUGUUAACUAACUUUUGUUUCUAAAUUCUUAGCAAAAGUGUGGACAUAGAUCAACUUUAUCUUUGUCAGUUCAUGGGGAAUAUUUUGUACCACAACAAGCACAUGUAUUUAUACACAAUGUUAAAAUAUCUAUUACAUUGCAUUUGGAAUGAAUUAUUCAAUCAAUUUGAUCUUCAGAAAGGCAUGUCAGUGGUCUAAAUGUCACUGGCAUUGGCUAUUUGUGACAAGUUUACCUGUUCCCAGGAUUUUGCCACUGUCGUAUGACUGGUAUAUUUCCCCUCCCCUAUAUUCAGUGGGCAGGACUUAUGCCACUGUCGUAUGACUGGUAUAAUUCCCCUCCCCUAUAUUCAGUGUGCAGGACUAAUGCCACUGUCGUAUGACUGGUAUAUUUCCCCUUCCCUAUAUUCAGUGUGCAGGACUUAUGCCACUGUCGUAUGACUGGGAUAUUUCCCCUCCCCUAUAUUAAGUGUGCAUGACUUAUGCAAUGAAGCAGCAGUGUAGAAGUGUACCCCCCUUUGACAACAAUCACUACAUCAGAGCAACUGGUCACCACAGUACAUAAUGUUUUAUAUCAUCCCAACAUCCAUGUCUGUAGCUAUUAUAGCAUCCACUCAUGUCAUCCAAACAAACCGUAAUAAAGUAAUGUAUUAGAUA